UUGAAAACAAAUUUGUAGUGAUCAUGUGAAAACGAAAACAACAUCAAAUUUAAUCAAAAUGCAGCAAUAACUGACCGGAUUCAGGACAAAAUAUGCAUGACGCUUUUGAAGCUGGUUCCAUAUUGGAAAAGCUCCCCUUGAAAAUAGAAUCGAUUGCCUGCUAUGAUGACAUACUGUUGGUUGGAACAAAAGAUGGUCCUUUGUUACAGUAUAAAGUGAAAAAGUACAAAGUUUCAGGCGAAACUAAGUAUGAAGUUGCCUUGGAAAGAUCCAACAAAACUUUUUCCAAAAAACCAAUUCAACAGUUAUAUGCUGUUCCAGAGUUGUUCUUGCUGAUAAGUUUAUCAGACAAUAUAGUAAGUGUACACGACCUUGCAACAUUCAGUUUAAUUACAACACUCACAAAGACAAAAGGUGCCACUUUGUUUGCUGCUGAUGUUCAGACAAUUGUAUCUCUCAGUGGAGAGAAGCAAGCAACAUUACAGAUAUGUGUGGCAACAAGACGGAAACUUCAGAUUAUGUUCUGGAAGAACAGAGAUUUUAUAGAUUUGGUGCCGGAGAUGAACAUGUAUGACAUUCCACGAGCAAUGGUUUGGUUCAAGGACAGACUGUGUGUUGGUUUCAAGAGAGAUUAUUUCAUUGUCAAAAUUGAGUCAGGAGAGUCAAAAGAGUUGUUUCCGCUUGGAAGCAAGCAGACAGAGCCUGUGAUAACGUACCUGAAGGAUGCUGGAUUUAUUGUCGGUCGUGAUGACAUGUCAAUAUUUAUAGACAAAGAGGGUCAGCCAGCCAAGAAACAUCCAGUGAAAUGGACAGACAUUCCAAUAGCCUCAGUGCAUGAGGCCCCAUAUAUAAUCUCAGUUCUACCAAAAUGUUUAGAAGUUCGUACGAUAGAUCCCCACCUUAUGAUACAGUCUAUAAGCCUGCAGAAUGCCAAGUGUAUAUGUCAGGGUAGUGGACAGACCUAUAUCGCAUCUAGCAACCAUGUCUGGAGAUUAACGGCAGUACCAACAGCUAAUCAGAUACGGCAGCUGAUCCAGAAUAAGGAGUUUGAGUUAGCAUUACAACUGGCAAACAUGACAGAGGAGCCUGAGAAUGAAAAACAACACAGAAUCAACCAAAUACAGACUUUAUAUGCUGUCAAUCUUUUCUGCAAACAAAAAUUUGAGGAAUCUAUGAAAUUGUUUGUAAAUCUUGACACAGAUCCAUCUCAUGUGAUAGGGUUAUAUCCAAACUUACUUCCAGCAGAGUUUAAAAAGAAGUUGGAGUACCCAGAAGCUUUACCAAACCUUGAAGGCAGUGAUUUAGAGAAGGGCUUACUGGCAUUGACUGAUUAUCUCAAUGAUAAAAAGAGAAUGUUGAAUAAAGUGUCCAAGGUGUCAAAAACUGCGAUUAAAGAAGGGAAUACCAGGGUUACAUCGAAAAAAAGCUUGGUCGUCAUUGAUCAACCUUUCUCAAAUUUCCCUACAGCAUUUAACUUUUCGCUUAUAACUACUGUUUUUGAACGACUAAGAGCUUGGGUUGCCUCGUUAUUGCGACUGAAGGACAACAAGGUACAUAUAGAGGAGGCGGAGAGAUCACUGAAGAAGAAAGAAAAGUUCAGUGAACUCAUUAUUCUGUAUGAACAGAAAGGAUUGCAUGAAAAAGCAUUGAAUUUAUUGAUGAAGCAAGCUGCUAGACCUAAAUCUCUACUGCAAGGCUGUGAUAGGACCGUGCAAUAUCUACAACAUUUAGGACCGGAUCAUAUAGAUUUAAUCUUUGAGUAUGCUGACUGGGUUAUUAAACAAUAUCCUGAAGAUGGACUAAAGAUAUUCACAGAAGAUCUUCCUGAAGUAGAGAGUCUGCCGAGACGUAAAGUCUUAGAUUAUCUGGAAAACCUCAGUAAAGGCAAAAAAGACUUGGCAAUUAAAUAUUUGGAGCAUGUGAUAUAUGACUGGAAUGAUACAUCUGAGGAAAUACACAGCAGGUUUGCUCAACUUCUCAGGGAGAAAGUACAGGCCUACAUGAAAGAAUAUAUACUCUCAUUACCAGAAGGCCACAUGCCAGUAACAAAGGCGGGUACAGAGCCUGCAGAGUUAGGGGAGUACAGAAAAAAACUGAUAGAUUUCUUAAACAAGUCCACAUACUAUAAACCAGAGGAACUGUUGCCUAGGUUUCCAAUGAAUGAAUUUUUUGAGGAGCGUGCAAUAUUGCUAGGACGGUUAGGGAGACACGAGGUAGCGUUGGCGUUGUAUGUGAUAAUUCUAAGAGAUGCUAAGUUAGCUGAAGAAUACUGUAUGAAAUAUUACAACAGGCAUAAACCAGGGGAUAAAGAUGUUUACUACUAUUUACUAAAAGUGUAUUUACAACCUCCUGAUUCUGUGUCCUUGGGCCUUGCAUCAUAUAAGGAUGGUCUCAAACCUGAACCCAAUUUACCAGCAGCCUUAAAAAUCAUGGAGCAACAUGCAGGAUGUAUAGACACCACUAGGGCAUUAGAGCUACUUCCUCCUGACACGAAGAUUCAAGAUAUUCUAGGGUUUAUGGAGAAUGUUCUAGAACUUAAAGCUUCCACAAAACAUCAAAACAGGGUGCUCAGAAACAUGCUUUUCUCAGAAACUUUACAUGUACAUGAGCAAAGAAUGUUUUAUCAGAAGGAGAAGGUUGUCAUAGAUGAUCUCAAAAGUUGUGCCGUCUGCAAGAAACGUAUUGGAAAUAGUUUCUUUGCAAGAUAUCCUGAUGGAGUUAUUGUACAUUAUGGAUGCUGUAAAGAUCCCAAAAUUCCACCAGGAGACCCCUGAUAAGUGAUGUGCUGUAAUCAUUCCAAUACAUACAAGUGCUUCAUCAAUAUAGUGCAAUGCAUAUUUUGUGAUAAAUCUGGCCGUGAAAUAGAUCAGGUUGUUUGUCAGAUUACUGCCAAACAAAACAUACCUCACAAUGCAAAUGGCUUCAGUAUAGACAUUUCGAGAUUUUGCUGUAUUUAAGUAAUUAUGGCACAGAUAUCUGGUAAUAGAUAUCAUUUAAAAUAAGUUUAAUGGGUUUUUAAAGGGUAGUACUGGUAUAUUGUAAACAGUAAACAUGUAAAGUAAAAAUGAAAAAUGCUAAUAAUGCGAGUGUGUGUUAUUAGAUAUUGUUGAUAUUUUGGCAUUUAAAAUAGCCAUCUCUGUAGAACUUAGCUGGCAUGUGGUUUAUACCAGCUCUUCCAAUUUUCAGCUAGCUUUGAUUAUGUAAUAUGUACAGCAUAUUGUAAUAAGAAAAGACUGAUAGAUGCUUCAGAAUAUUGGCCUGACAGACGCAUCAACAAAGUGUUGCAAAAUUAUAGUAUUAGAGUAUGAAAACAAUGAAAAGUGCCAAGAAAAGAUUAUGUAUAAGACAGUCAGAUAUAAAUAUUUGGCUGCUUGAAAAACUGAAGAGCUGUGCAUUUUCAUAUAUUUAUGCCUCCCACAUCACUAUUUGGUGGGAGACAUAUUGAUUUACUCCUGCCUGUCUGUCACAAAUCUUGUAUGCGCUUUAAGUUGUAUAUUUCUCAUGCGAUCUUUACCAAACUUGAACAAAAUGUGUUUGCUAAUAAGUCCUGGAGAAGAAAUGCCAAUCUAGAUGAUUAGGCAGUUGUGGGAGACAUGCGCUUUUCUGAAAAGCAGGUCUAGUUUAUAAUGUUUUACCAGUAGCGACAUGCUUAUGUGAAGGAAAAGUUACACCUGAGAAGUUGCGUGUUGAUGUAGAAUCUGGCAAAAAUGUGGCUGCAGAUAUAAAUCAAACACACUAUAAAUAGAUUAUUACUAAAUGAUUAUUUUACUUCAGCAAUAAAUGAACAAAUUUCUAGUCUACAUAUUUCCUUUGUCUCUCUAACACAAACUUACAGUCCUAUAUUUAUCCAUGUUCCGAGUCAGAAAUUAAAAAUGCUUAUUAUUUAUCAGUUCUACUUUUGGAGAAAAAACAACUUUUUUUAACAGUGUAUAUGAACUUUUCUCAUGUGGCUACAAAUGCUGCUGAAAUGUAGAGAACUGAAUAUUGGUAUUUGGUGCUAAGGUCUUUUCCCUUCAGUUGCUUCCUUUUAUAACAAAAGUCCAUAGCAGGUUCAUUCUCUUCCAUACUGUGUCAAAACUAUUUUAUACCCCAGCCAUGAUAAUGGCAGGGGUAUUUAGUGUUAACCCUGUCUGUGUGGUUGUGUCUUGGUGGAAUGGUUUCCAGCCGAGAACUUUAUCGUGCAUUGUGGGAUUUUGAAAUAAAUUUGCACAAAUGACCCCAGUAAUGGGACGAAGUGUUUACUGUAGAACAAUAUCACUAGAUCAAAGGUCAGUGUCAUGGUUGGCUACUCAAAGUGGUCUGUACAAUACUUGCUAUAUGAAUUAGUGCAUUUCAAAAUAUCUUGGUGGAAAUAAUCACUAUAACAAGGAUUUGUUGCAUUUAAGAAUUUCUCAACAGCUCAAAGGUUCAAUGUCAAAGCUCAAGACGUCUAUACUUUGUCCAUUUCUCUUAGUAAAUUAAAGACAUGACAGUAUUUUCAAUACAGCACAUAACAUUGUGGGGCUUUGUUGGAUCUUGAAACAUCAUAGCACAAAUGACUACCAUAUCAGGAUUGUCUUAAAGAUCCAUGUCAGAGGUCAAGGUCACAGGUAUUAGACUUGGUCCGUUUUCCUAGAACUUUGUAUUGCAUGUUUAGAUUUCAAAAGAACUUUGCACAAAUGUCCAUGUGUCGAAAACUACAACCAACGACAGUCUGAACCAUAUGACAGGUCAGUGGUCAAGGUGCAGAACUGAACUUUGCCAUUUCUCUUAAUAAUUUCGGUUAAUAUCCAACUGUUAAGGGUGCUAUCAUUCACAAUACAAACACUUCUAUCCAAAUAUUUCAUGUGGGGGCACUUGUGUCCUAUGGACACAUUUCUUGUUAUUUGCAUGCUAUGUAUUCUUUAUACAAGUUGGUAGAUUUGUUUUGGAUAAAUCAUGCUUUUUUGUUACAUGAAAUCUGAUAUUUAUAUAAAUUAAUUUGAAUAAAUAUGAAUUAUA